AUGGCAUAUUUUAUUAAAUGGGGAACAAAAUUGGCCAUAGUUGGUGGUGCUACGUUACUUGUCGUUAAUCAUGAGGUGUUUGGUACAAAUAAAUAUACGAAACAAAUCAUCAAUGAAGUCCGUAGAUCAUUACCCGAUACAGCUGAAGCUUUCGAUCAAAUGCCAACAAAGCAAGAGUUUAGUGAUGCUCUUGUCAAUAAUUGGAAUUCGGGCGUUCAAACAACAUUUCAUUGGCUUGUUGAUGCUCCAACACAUACAUACAAAUUAUUUUCUUCUCUUUCUGACAAAGUUAAAGGCUAA